AUGGUCUCGAAGAGGGGCAUUGAGCCCAACCCCGACAAGGUCAAGGCCAUCCUCGACAUGGAACCUCCGAGGUCCCUCCGGGAGGUCCAGCGCCUCAACGGGCGGUUGGCAGCCCUGGGCCGUUUCCUCUCGAGGUCGGCCGAAAAAUCAUUGCCGUUCUUCGGCGUCCUCAAGAAGACUAAGGGCUUCGAGUGGUCCGAAGAAUGCCAGAAAGCGUUCGAAGACCUCAAAACGUACCUAAUGUCACUCCCCCCCCUGGCCAAACCCGUAAAGGGGGAGGUCCUGUACCUGUACUUGGGCAUCUCGCAGGCCGCGGUCAGCUCCGUGCUGGUCCGGGACGACGGGGGGGUCCAACGGCCCGUAUACUAUACGAGCCGAGCUCUACGGGGGGCGGAGGUAAGGUACACACCUGUGGAGAAGGCCAUCUUCGCGGUAGACGCGACGGCAAAGAAGCUGAACCACUACUUCCAGGCCCACCCCGUACAGGUCCUCACGAACCAGCCACUAGGCGCGGUGCUGAGGGCCUCGGGGUCGGCCAGCAGAUUGGUCAGAUGGGCCAUGCGGCUAAGCCAGUUCGACAUACAAUUCAAGCCGAGGCCCGCCAUCAAGGGGCAGGCACUGGCUGAUUUCAUAGUCGAGUGCACCGCCCGGGAGGCCACGGAGCGAGUACGGGACGAAGAUGAGGAGUGGUGGACCCUCUCAACAGACGGGUCCUCCAGCGCCAAAAAUUGCGGGGGUGGAGUCGUCCUCAUCACCCCAGAGGGGUUCCGGGCUUACUACGCCCUCCGCUUCGCGUUCAAGUUAUCCAACAACGAAGCCGAGUACGAGGCGCUCCUGGGGGGGCUCCGCCUCGCAUUGAACAUGAGGGUGGAAAAACUCAAAAUACGGUGUGACUCCAGGCUCGUGGUGGGACAGGUUACAGGUGAAUUCGAAGCAAGCGACGAAAGGAUGAGAAGGUACCGGGAUGUGGUACUCCAGCUCCUGGGGCAGCUGAUCAAUUAUGAGGUCCUACAGGUGCCCCGAGACCAAAACACAGACGCGGACAUGUUAUCCAAACUCGCCCAAGGGGCCCCGGAGCACAUCUCAAAAAUAGCCCGGAUCGAAGACUUCAAGAGGUCAAGCCUGGACGCUUACCCGGUCCUACCUGUGCAAACCCGGCCUCCCUGCUGGUUAGACUUCCUCAAGGAGUAUAAAAAGACAGGCGCCCUGCCUCCCGACGAGGCCGACGCCAAAUUGGUGACACGACGAGCCCCCACGCGCGAAGCAGCUGCGAUCCGAGCCGAGAACUACCAAAGGCAAACCAAGGCAUACCAUGACAAGCGAGUCCGACCCCGAUACUUCCAAGCGGGGGACUACGUGCUUAGGAGGAGAGAGGCAAGCCAGCCGCAAGCGGGAGGAAAAUUUGCUCCCAACUGGGAAGGCCCAUACAUUGUAGCAGCCGUGGUCCGCCCGGGUAGUUACAAGCUCAAAACCCCCAAAGGGAAGAUGAUAGCCAGGGUCUGGAACUCGGAACACCUGCUGAGGUUCUACCAAUAA